AUGGACCAUGUUCCACACAAAAAACAUGACAGAAGCUGUCAGCAGCCAUCUACUCAGAGUGUACACAGAGCAGCUAAAACCACCAUCACAUGUAAUUAUCCAGAUGACAAGCAGGUCGGAUUUCUCUGUAAAGGGGAGAGUUUCACCUGUGAGGAUGUUUUAUCAACCAAAUCUCCUCAGAAGUCAAACAGGAGAUUCACUCUGAGAAACACAGAGAAACGCUUCAUCGUGUCCAUCAGUGAUGUUUCCUCACAGGAUGCUGGAGUCUACUGGUGUGGGCUGGAGUCAAAAGAUGGAAGCUACAGAGUUUCAGUCGGACAAAUAAAACUGGAGGUCAAAGAAGCACUGCCCACGUCAGUCACUCACUCUGCAACCUCAUCACCCACCUCCACACGGUCAGCUGCUCCUGAGGAGAGCUUUGAUUCAUGGCCAGUGAUUUUUGCUGUGGCUCUCUGUUUGAAGAUGCUGAUGUUGCUGUUUGUGAUCAUCUCAUGUGUGACCCUCGUCUCCACCCAUUGCUGCAACCUCCGGGGCUGAAAAUGAAGCCAAUGCAAAAGCUGCAGUUCCUCUAACGACCACUUGAGGUGCAGUGAUAGGAAAUGAGUGUCCACGCGGCUCUGACAGAAGCAAACACGUUAAUGCUCCUCAUAGCUGUGCUCACUUUUAUGACAUGUUUAGCUGCUGCUUUUCUUGUGGGUUAAUUUCUAUGAGCAUGCUUAUUAUAUGUUUAUUCAUGGUUCUGCCCCAGUGAUUAUAUACAAUUUGAAGAUAAAUAAAAUUGAAAUAAUGCAUUUGAUGGUAUUUCUGGUGCUGAUUAGCAAAGUCCCACUGCACAGUUGGUCCAGUAGCUCCUCAAAGACACACCAAGCAGUCAGCUUUUAAAUGUAUCCAGCAGGUAUAUUUGAUUUUAGGCCUGUUGUUCACUUUAUAAAAUUAGCAUCCCUUUUAAUAUGAAUGUGAAACCUUGCUAACCAAUGUAAGGAAGUGAGGACUGCAACCACACUUUAAAUAAAGAGUUAACAUGUCUGUAUGCUAAAACAUACUGUAAAUAUGGGCUUUGGUUAGCAUCACUUGCUGAUAAACAUGUGAGUGCACAUUUUGUAGCGUGC